CCCGGUAGAAAAAAAAAAUUCAAAUCACGUGCAGAGAAAAACCCUUCUUUUUCCAAACAGGAAGGCAUGAUUUAGCGACAAGUGGCUCAUGCGUUCCUCUGCCCGGUUGGAGAUUCCUUGCAGUAGCGAUUCGCUACCAGCGAUGAAUCACAGAUCCGUAUGACCGUCGUCCUCAUCUGCAAGUGGCGCGACGAGCGAGGCGAGGAAGCGGGGCGCGGUUUUCCGGGUCUGGCCUUGGGUUCAAGAGACUGCGGUGCCCGCUGCGCCCGCUGCGCCGCGGCCGGGCAGACGCUCGCCGCCAGUCGCCGCUGAAUCCGCCACUCGAGUAGUCGGGCAGGUCUGGCUCGCACUCGCCAGCAAGAUGACGUUGAAGCGGAUUUUCCUUCGACUUGUGCUUGUAGUGCUUCUUUCGGGAAUUCACAGUUACGAAAUUCCUCAAGCUACUCUCGUGGCGUUUAAGCCCAGAGGAUUCCAGGUGUCAAUUCCAGAUUCAGACGGUGUGCAAAUUUUUGCUUUCCAUGGUAAUGUGAACAAAGAAAUGGCGAAUCGUGAAGCUGGAGAGAUGUCUGUUGAUAUUCUGCGCCCCAAAAAUGGUCGUUGGGUGUACGAAAAUCCCCGAAUACGACUGAAAGUAGGCGAUGUAAUUAAUUAUUGGUUGUAUGUGCAAGUAGAUGGAUUAGGUUACCCUAAAGAUGAUUUAACGUGGAAAGUGACAGAGCUUGUUGACAAAGAUUCAUCGCAGGCUACAACUCCUUCAACACCAACGCCAGGAAAAUGCGAAUUGUCACAUACUACAGUAAAUGGUGUUCGUAAAUGUGAAAACGAACUAGUAUUUGAAGAAACUUUCGAUAAUUUGCAGCGACCAAAAUGGGAAAAUGUUGUGCAGUUUGGUGGAGACCCAGGAUAUCCUUUUGUCUUGUACACUAACAAAGACGACAACUGUUUUGUCCGUAAUGGAUUCCUGCAUAUUAAGCCAAGUCUUCAAUCCGACGAUGACGUUACUUCAGGCGCGCAGCAUCUCAGUGGUUGUACUGGCACACCGAACAGUGAAGAGUGCACUAAGCGAGCUGCAGGAGGAUUCUACCUCCCACCUGUGUUUUCAGCUCAGUUAAGAACAAAACAAUCCUUCAGUUUCUGUUACGGGAAAGUGGAAAUAAAAGCAAAACUUCCGGUUGGAGACUGGAUUUUUUCAGAGCUUUUGCUGCAACCUAAGGAACUGGCAUAUGGAUCUAAACCAAAACUCACAUCUGGACAAAUAAAUCUUGCACUUCUGAGAGGAAACAAGGAUUUAGUGAGUAAUGGGCAACAAAUUGGUGCUAAAUGUCUUCACGGAGUUUGUGAAUUGGCUAUGAAUGAUGUAUGCCACAGAGAGGAUUUUAAUGAAACAAGGCAGUCUUUAUGGAGUGGUGCCUUCCAUGUCUAUGGUGCAACGUGGACUCCUGAUUAUAUCGCUUUUACUGUUGAUGGAAGUGAAAUUGGAAGAGUUGUUCCUCCUAGAGGAGGCUUACAUACUGUGAGUGAAUUUUCAAGCUUCCCUUCUAAUCCUUGGGCAACAGGUACUAAACUUGCCCCCUUUGACAAAGAGUUCUACAUAGGUCUAGGAUUAGGUGUUGGUGGUUUCACUGAAUUUCCGGAUGAUUCCACGAGUGGCAGUUACAAGAAACCGUGGAAGAAUGGUGAAGCAAAGGCAAUUGCGAAAUUCUGGAAUAAACAAAGUGAGUGGUAUCCUACUUGGAAUGAUGCUGACUCGACUCUUCAAGUGGAUUAUGUUAGAGUUUGGGCCCUUCCCAAAAACUUUUGAUGCAAAAAGUGGAGAAGGAGGAAAAAGUCAAUUGAACUACUUAAUACCAGUUAACAUCUGAAUAUGAAAGUAAAUGAAUCCAGAAAAUUAUUCAAGAUAUUUAGAAAAAAUGUUUGAAACUGUUUCAUCCAAAAUUAUACUUUAAAAUAUCGACAUGACAAAAAAUAAAUUGUUUGAAAUGUGUUUAUCAAUAAUUUAUAACAAUAAAAGAUGUUUUAAAUACUUAUUGAAUUGAUAAUUUGAAUGUCUAAUAAUUUGGUUGUUUACCAUUAGUGACAAUUAAACAUCUUAAAACAAAGCAGUAUUAUUUUAUCAAGAAUCUAGUGGUACUUCAAAAACACAUACUUUCUCGCAUUAUUUGUAACGGUUUCACGAUAUAAUACACUAUAUAAACCUUCAAAAUUGUUUCCAACCAGCAAAUACUUUUCUCAGUGCUGAGAUUUGAAAACAGGAUCUUAGAGGUAACACGCCAUUCACAACUCCCCUUCACCCCUAGUCUCCCGACUCCGAUCGAGUUUACAAAACGUUGAAGGUUUUAAUUUGCAAUUAUCAAGAUUCGGAGAUUUUCAUUUAUAUUAUUUCAAUAUUUACUUGCAAAACAUUUCAUUAAAAAAUAAAUCUCCAUCAAUAUUGUAAUUUUGUUGUUAUUUUUUGUUUUCAAUUUUCGAAAAUAUAGAGAGUAUGCUGAAUAUAAGAUUUGUGCUGUUUUUAAGUGCCAUGUGCUUUAUAGAACAAAAAAUUUAAUGAACGAAUUUGUAGCAAUUUUUGAGAUUUUUUACUUUCUCGUAUACGAACAAAUAUGCGGAGUAAUAAACGUUGUGUUGAGAAAGUU